GCUCGGCGAAGCUGGAGACGCCUGGCGGAGCCGUCUCGCCACGUGUCCGGCGGAAAAGCCCUCCAUCUCCGCCCGCGCCUCCGUGCGUCAGCAUCGGCCCGCAGCCACCGCCGCAUCAAAACCCAGUUACCCAGCACCUCCUUUUCCCUCCCUCUUCUCCACCGCCCCAAACCCAGAACCUUCCUCCAUGGCCCCGCCUCCUCCCUCCAUGGCUGCGGCCCACGAUCGCUCUCACGCCGACGCGGACGACCCUUCCCUCCGCCUCCGCCGCGCCCCUGCCGCCGAAGCGGGCGCCGCCGGCGACUCCUCGGGUAGUCGGCGGGAGAACGGCGUCCCCGGAGAGGCGCGCUCGCCGCCGAACCCACAGCAGCAGCAGCACGAGAUGUUCUGCUAUCGCGCGUCGGCGCCCGCCCACCGCCGGGUCAAGGAGAGCCCCCUCAGCUCCGACGCCAUCUUCCAACAGAGCCAUGCUGGUCUUCUGAAUCUAUGCAUUGUUGUGCUGAUUGCAGUAAACAGCAGGCUCAUCAUUGAGAACUUAAUGAAGUAUGGCCUAUUAAUAAGAGCUGGAUUUUGGUUUAGUGCAAGAUCACUGGGAGAUUGGCCACUUCUGAUGUGCUGCCUCACUUUACCAAUUUUCCCGCUUGCUGCACUCAUGGACGAGAAGUUAUCUCAAAGAAAGCUCAUUGAUGAAAAUGUGUCUAUUCUUAUCCAUAUCAUUAUUACAACAUCUGUCAUCGUCUAUCCAGUUGUUGUGAUACUCAAGUGUGAAUCAGCAGUAUUAUCUGGAUUUGUAUUAAUGUUCAUUGCAAGUAUUACUUGGUUGAAGCUUGUAUCAUUUGCUCAUACAAAUUAUGAUAUAAGGGUAUUGUCCAAAAGUAUUGAAAAGGGUGCUUCACAUGGCAGUUCAAUCGAUGAGGACAACAUUAAAGGUCCGACCAUUAAAAGUCUAGUGUACUUCAUGUUGGCCCCAACACUUUGUUACCAGCCAAGUUAUCCCCGGACAUCAUUCAUUAGGAAAGGCUGGGUGAUCCGACAACUUAUAAAGUGCCUGGUUUUUACAGGCUUGAUGGGUUUCAUAAUUGAGCAGUACAUAAACCCAAUUGUCCAGAAUUCGAAGCAUCCACUGAAAGGAAAUUUCUUGGAUGCUAUUGAGAGAGUGUUGAAACUCUCAGUGCCAACAUUAUAUGUAUGGCUUUGUAUGUUCUAUUGUUUUUUCCAUCUGUGGUUGAAUAUUCUUGCUGAACUCCUCUGUUUUGGUGAUCGUGAAUUUUACAAGGACUGGUGGAAUGCGAAAACAGUUGAAGAGUACUGGAGAAUGUGGAAUAUGCCUGUUCAUAAGUGGAUCGUUCGACAUAUAUAUUUUCCAUGCAUAAGGAAUGGCUUGUCAAAGGGUGUUGCCAUUCUCAUCUCGUUUCUGGUUUCAGCUGUAUUUCAUGAGCUAUGUAUUGCUGUUCCAUGCCACAUCUUCAAAUUAUGGGCAUUUUCCGGAAUCAUGUUUCAGAUUCCACUGCUAUUCUUGACAAAGUAUCUUCAAGAUAAGUUCAAGAAUACAAUGGUGGGCAACAUGAUCUUUUGGUUCUUCUUCAGCAUACUUGGGCAACCAAUGUGUGUUCUUUUGUACUACCAUGAUGUCAUGAACAGGCAAGCUCGGACAAUUGUAUAGCACUGUUUAAAUUGAACUAUAAUACCGAUCAGCCAAGGCCUCCUUAGCAUUUCACCAUCAGCUGUCAGAGCUUACUAUGUUCCCAAUCCCGCGGUAGUCAGCGAUCUGAAUGUACUACGGAUGUGGUGUUGUAUAUUACGGAUGAUGCCUCGGUGAUGCAAAUCUUCAUGCAGUUCUUCGGCCAUUGUACACUACUUUCAGUCCAGCGUCAGCUGUGCUGUGUACAUGUUGCUAUGUUAGAUGUAAAGUGUACGUGCUAUGUGAUACAACUUAGGUCUGGAUUCCAACUGCGAUCGUAGAAUAGCAAUAUGGGCUUAACCUGAAUUUGGCAGCAAAUAAAUCGGAAAUGAUUUGGUGCUUGA